ACCACCUUGUAUAAAUUCGCCUUGGGGUAGAAAGAAUUGCACUGCGCUUGUGUGAUUUCCGUCAAAUUCUUGUUGGACAUUAGACAUGGAGUGCAAUCAGAGUUUUAUUGAACACAUCACAGGUCGAACGUAAAUCAGUUUACAAGAUAAAUGUAUCGGAAUUCUUCACAGUUUAACAACGAAAGUGAACUACAUUUCUCGCCUUUGUGUACGUGCGCGUUCGGUACGGGGAGAGAGCUCGUGAUACGCGACUAAUAAUUUAAGACACCACUGGAAUUGUCGAAAACUAAUAGUUCAGUGUUAUGUAGUCGCGUGUUAAUUGAUGAAUUAUUUAUUUUGAAGUAAUUUUUAGCAGCUUUUAUUCAUUUUUAUUAUAAAUCUGUUCCUGCUCGCGCCUAUCAUCUGCUAAGUAAAAAGUUCCUUUAUUUCCGCUCGCAUAGUCAAAAGCGAAAAUACUCACAGCAACUCGCAUAAGAAUAAUAUCGUUCAAAGUUUAAUUUCCGACAGAGAGUUUUGAAUGCUAAUGCGCUUACACUUUAUUUAAUUCAAUGAACAUCCAAUCAAAAUCUAAAUCAAAAUCAACCAAUUCAAAAAACAUAAAAAAAUUCUCCAUCAAUUAAAUUAGCAAAUUGUCGCAACGUUAAUAUUCGUUCAAAUACACCUUAUCAACAUGACGCAUUGGGAGGACUUUUAUAAUACUCAUUUGCCGCCAACGGAUUUUGAAGAUAAUCGCUCGUUAUUGAAAGAGUUUUGUGAACGACACAAUAAACUGAAAAACCGUAUCGUCCUUGUCACGUCAGGUGGCACCACAGUACCUCUGGAGCACAAUACCGUAAGAUUUGUAGACAAUUUUAGUGCCGGCACACGCGGCUCAGCAUCUGCUGAAUAUUUCCUUGACCAUGAUUAUGCCGUGAUAUUUAUGUAUCGCGUCAAGUCUUUGGAGCCAUUCACUCGCCACUUUACGGGCCAACAAUUUUUCGAUAUGCUCGACAUUACCGAUAAUGGACAGAGUACUGCAAUAACAGUGAAACCGGAUUCAGUUGAUGUAUUCGCACCAAUAUUAGCUAAAUAUAAGCAAGCGCGCGAAUCACAAAUGAUUUUAUAUAUUAGCUUUAAUACGGUUGCGGACUACUUGUGGCUGCUGCGCGCUGCGUGUGAAUGUUUGGCGGCAUUUGAAGAGCGGGCAUUGUUGUAUUUAGCGGCGGCAGUGUCGGAUUUCUAUAUUCCUCAAGAUAUGAUGCCCACUCACAAAAUCCAGUCCGGUCAAGGUGCUCCGACGAUUUCGCUGCAGUUGGUGCCAAAAAUGUUAGCACCAUUGGCAAGCCUUUGGGUGCCGCAUGCAUUUGUUGUCUCAUUCAAAUUGGAAACUGACGAGAAUUUAUUGAUUACCAAGGCGCGCGAUAGUUUAUACAAAUACAAUCAUAAGAUGGUUAUUGCGAAUGUUUUACAGUCGCGCAAACAUCGUGUCGUCUUCGUUACACCAACUAUGUCCUACGAGGUGCACCUGAGUAGAGAACAAGCGCUGCAAGGACUUGAAAUCGAGGAGCCCAUUGUUGCCGACUUGGCAAAAAGGCACAGCGAAUUCAUAAAUGAUGUUUCGGCGAGUCGGCAAUGACCGCAGUCGAUGCGCCAAAGGCGUCACAUGCAAGUCGAUUGUCGCGUGACAACACCACAUUUUUGUCGUUUACUAAAUCCAGGACCAGGUGUCGGCCGUAAAUAUUAAUUUAAGGUAAAUGUAAGAAAAAUAGGAAUGUAUAUUCAUAGUAGCUACAAAUUGAUCACAACAGCAGAGACAAAAGUCCAAAAAAAUGGCGUUAUAUCACUGUUAGUUUGUAAGAGUAAAUAAGAAAAUGUGAACGUAAACACUUUUUAUACAAUAAGUACAUAUAUAACAUACCAACAACAACAAUAUUAAGUCAACUGUAAGAAUUACAUAUAUUUUAUAGGUAUAUACUAUACUUAUGUAUGUACAUAUACAUACCUACCAGGUCCAUAUCUGACUCCCUAAAAUACCUCCUAACGGUACAUAAAAAUAAAGUUUUUUUGACCUUUCUAUACAUAUGUAUAUAGAUAUGUAUGUAUUUUGGGCACAAAAACAUAGUGGCACGCAAAUUUACUUCACACUAAGGGUCGUUUUCUUAUGUAACCUUUAACUUUAAAGCUGACUUUAUAUUUAAAGUUUACAUUAAAAUUUAUGGUUAU